AUGGCUGAGCAUUGCUUAUCUAGCUCAACUGAUAUUCCGUCCGCAUUACAUGUAAAUAAAGAAUUGAAUUCAUCGGACACUCCUGAUGUCAAUUAUCUUAUUCGUCGUUCACUGUCAAACAAACUUAAUGUUAGUGCUAUGACAUCAGCACCAUCAACAAAUACGACACUGUCAUCAGCAUCAUCGACAGGCUCACUAACAAUUUAUUGUAUUGAGACAGGUUCUAUUGCACAAUCAAUUCGUCGUCGACAGUCACUAACUAAUACGACAGUACUAUCUAAUAAUGUUGAGAUUACUACUACUUCUAUUGAUGAAGGUCGUCUACCCAAUGAUAACGAUAAGCCACAAGAACAACUGACAGAUGUUGAAAAGACUGCUACUGUAAGUGAGGGUGAUAAUGAAUCGUUUGACGAUGAUGACGAUGAAACACUCAUUGACGAUUCACUCUAUCCACAAUCAUUUCCAACACCACCAAAUUAUGUUAGUUCACCUUGUCCAAUUUGUUUGGAACCAGCAGUAUUACAAGUAUCUCCAUGUUGUUAUUUCCUUUGUUGUAAUAGUUGUUGGCGUGCACACAUAUCAUCUAUAAUAAAUGAUGGUCGAAUUAAAAUCCCUUGUGUAGCUAAUGAAUGUAACAAAUAUUUAACAAGGGAAUCAAUAGUAAAUUUUGUUCGAUAUGAUCCUCCAUUGCAUGAACGUUAUCUUAAAUUAUACUUAGCUGUUAAUCAAAAUCCGCGUGCUAAGACAUGUCCUCGUUGUUGUCAUCUCUAUUCAUUGGAUACAAUAAAAUCUAUUCCAUUAGAAAAAACUAAAAAAUGGAAAAAAGACAAUAAUAAAAAAAUUCCAAAACAAGUUCAAUGUUCUGAAUGUUCACUUGUUUGGUGUUUUCGUUGUUCAGCACCUUGGCAUGAAAAUAUGACAUGUAAACAAUUUAUUAAAGGUGAUAAACUUUUAUUAAAAUGGAUCAAUCAAAAAAAUGAAGAACAAUGGAAUGCAAGAAAAUGUCCAAAAUGUUCUUCACUUAUACAACGUUGUCCUCAUAUGACAUGCCAAUCAUGUUCAUGUGAAUUUUGUUAUUUAUGUGGUAGACGUUAUUAUCAAAUUCCGUUUAUUGGUCAACAUAGUAACAGAUUCAGUAUGUUUGGAUGUCCAUAUAAUUUUUAUCCUGAAAAACCAUGGCUUCGACGUACAAUACGUGGUAUGAUUGCAACCGGUGUUGUUGUUGCUUCACCUAUAAUUGUAGCUGGUGUUGUAACUGCAGCUGUAACUGUUUUACCACCAUUUGGAAUAUAUAAACUUGUUCGACAUACACGUGCUCGUCGUCGUGCACAUGCAGCAGCUAAUUUUCCUAUUGGUGAACCAUUUUUAAUUGAAACUGAUCUUGAUGAUCCACCAGUAUUACCACAUGGAACAUUUACAUUUGAUUUACAUGGCGAUCCAACAGUUCAUAUGAUGCGUGUUUUAAGACAUCAUUUUGAAGAAUCAUCUACAACACAUAUGUUAGAUGACGAUGAUACAGAAAUUAGUGAUAAUGAAAUUAAUAAAGAUUUCCCAUUAGCAAUAUUUGCUAAUAUGGAUAUUGAACAUUUAAUAUCUGAUGAUAAUGAUGAAUUCAAUAGUUCUCCGUUAGAUUUUCGUACAUGUCCAACAACACCAGCUUCAGCUAUACGAAAAGGUCUUAGUCGAAGUUUAAAUAAUUUAACAGUGACUUAUAAUUCAUCUAUUAGUCGUCAUCAUUCAAUGAAUAAAGAACAUUAA